AUCAUUUUUUUAGCCUGGGAUCAAAAUUUAGUAAUUACUAGGUUAAUUUUUUUUAUUAAAAAGAGUAGUGAGGGAGUUUAUUAUUGAAUUGAUGGUUGAUAUAAAUAUAGUGUAUGGGUUCGAUCACAAACUCCGUGCAUAUCUCUCAACACACUUUCUUUUUAGCUCCGUACAAAGCUGUGUUCUCGCCGGCAAAAUGCAAGCAGUGACAAACAGUCAGCGGCAGUUGCCGCCGGCGGCCAUUUUUAGCUGCCGGAGAAGUUACCGUCCCGUUUCUCCGUUUUCUGCCCGUCCGUUGCUUCAGGUCAUCACUUGCUCACUCCGAUCUCCGCCCGACACGACGAACGAGGCGAAGUUUAUUGAGAAAGCUAAAAGCGGGAAUUUGAUCCCGCUCCACAAGUGCAUCUUCUCCGACCAUUUAACUCCAGUACUCGCCUAUCGUUGUUUGGUCGGAGAAGAUGACCGUGAAACUCCGAGCUUUCUGUUCGAGUCGGUCGAGCCCGGUUCUCGAACCUCCACCGUGGGACGGUAUAGCGUGGUCGGUGCCGACCCGACAAUGGAGAUUGUGGCCAAAGAGAAAAAGGUGACGAUACUGGAUCACGAGGCCGGGAAAAUGACGGAGGUGGUGGAGGAGGAUCCGAUGACGGUGGCGAGGAGUAUUUCUGAAGAAUGGAAUCCGCGGUUAAUCAGUGACCUACCUGAUUCUUUUUGUGGUGGAUGGGUGGGAUAUUUCUCAUACGACACCGUUCGUUACGUGGAGAAGAAGAGGUUGCCGUUUUCAAAGGCACCGCCAGACGACAGGAACCUCCCUGAUAUUCAUUUGGGACUUUAUGACGACGUGAUCGUUUUUGACCACGUGGAUAAGAAGGCACAUAUUAUUCAUUGGGUGCGGUUGGAUCGUUACUCGUCAGCCUCAAAGGCUUAUCGUGAGGGCAAGAAACGACUAGACACACUUGUCUCCAAACUACAAGACACUAACUUUCCGAGACUCACGAUGGCCUCGGUGGAUUUCGACACUCGUGAGUUCGGACCCUCGCUAACCAAUGGGAGCAUGACGAGUGGAGAGUACAAGGAUGCUGUCCUACAAGCUAAGGAACACAUUCUUGCAGGGGACAUUUUUCAGAUUGUUUUGAGCCAACGUUUUGAGAGGAGGACAUUUGCUGACCCCUUUGAGGUUUAUAGGGCACUAAGGGUUGUGAACCCAAGCCCUUACAUGACUUACAUGCAGGCCAGAGGGUGCAUUUUGGUUGCUUCCAGCCCAGAAAUUCUAACCAGGGUUAAAAAGAAUAGACAGGUGGUGAACCGGCCAUUGGCGGGGACGUCUAAACGAGGGAAGACCCAUGAAGAGGAUAUAAUGUUAGAGAUGUUACUUUUGAACGACGAAAAAGAACGCGCAGAGCAUACCAUGCUUGUGGAUUUAGGGCGAAACGAUGUUGGAAAGGUGUCAAAACCUGGUUCAGUGAAUGUGGAGAGGCUUAUGGAUAUUGAGCGAUAUUCGCACGUAAUGCACAUCAGCUCAACGGUUACAGGGGAACUUCUUGAUCAUUUGACUUGUUGGGAUGCAUUGCGUGCGGCGUUGCCCGUUGGGACAGUUAGUGGGGCACCAAAGGUGAAGGCGAUGGAGCUAAUUGAUCGACUCGAAGCAACUAGAAGGGGACCUUAUAGCGGUGGAUUUGGGGGCAUUUCGUUCUUAGGAGAGAUGGACAUUGCAUUGGCUCUAAGGACAAUAGUGUUCCCUAAUGGCAGGUCCCACAACGAUACGUAUGGUAGAUCUCAAGAAUGGAUUGCCCAUCUCCAAUCCGGAGCCGGUAUUGUAGCUGAUAGCAACCCUGAUAGUGAGCACAAAGAAUGUGAAAACAAGGUUGCUGGUCUUAGCCGCGCCAUUGACUUGGCAGAAACGGCUUUUGUAAAGACAAAACCAAAGCUAUCGCCAGUCCAUUUAUACACUCCGCCACUGAAUCAUCGGCAAAGGACAACAUCAAUGUUUCUUUGAACACAAGUGGCAACUUGUGCCAUUUAUCCAUACUAUGCAAGGAUAAUAUGGUUUAGCUUGAAUCUCUUUUCCACUUUCCUACGUACCCAAAGUCGGUUGUGCAGCUUGUUUUCACAUUGUUCAUGGGUAAAUAUAGGUCAUGUAAAAUGUAACAAAUUCAUUAUUGUAAAUUCAAAAAAGGUAUACAUUAUUC